AUGAAUGAACCCGUCGCACCUGUGACUACUGAAGUGCUAAAUCCAUUUAUUAUGUCAGAUUCAGAAACUUCGAAUUUUGCGCCUGGUGAUAAUCCAUUUGCUACUAGUAAUCCAUUUUCUGACUUCGGAGAUAGUUAUGAACCACCUCCUGGCGAUACAGUGCCAGUGGAUAUUUUUGGUGGGGCAGAACCUACUAGUGUUAGUGCUAAGCAGUGUUUUGAUGAAACAGUUUCAAUGGAUAUAUUUGGAAAUCUAUCUAUGGACAAUGAGCGGCUUGUUAAGCCAACCGAACUUGAACUUGUUUCCAAUAUAGUUGAUUGCAGUUACCCUGAUGAAAAAGAAAAUAAAGAAGUGCAAUCAUCGAACCGACCUCUACCCCCGGAAACUCAGAAUUUGAUUUUGACAGUAACAGGACAAAUGGAAUUUACAAGCACACAUUUACUUGAUCGCAUACCGCCAACACGAACACCGAGUCCGGUCUCAGCUUUAGAUAUGCAUUCACCUAGUCCUACACCUGAACCGGAAUUACUUGAAGAAACCUCUACAAUAGUAGAUAUUAACCGUAAUAAACCAACACGGCCGCCACCUGCACGCCCCCCUAGACCUGCGCCCCCUCCAAGGCCCCAACCACCUCCUCAAGUAGCAGCUGAUGACAUUAAUUUAUUUGAUGCUCCAGUUCCAACCGUUGUUAAGUCUACUAAAGAAGAUAUCUUAAGUUUAUAUUCGGCACCUAAGCAAGAAGAAAAGCAAAUAGAUUUUCUUAGCGAUGACCUUCCGGAAUUAUCUACUGCUACUGAAAUUAAACCUACAGAUACUCUUUCUACUGUUGCAACAUCGAAAAUAAAUGAAUCUACAAAUUUAUUUUUCAAUGAAACGGAUACCAUUAUGUCUGAUUCCGCGGAAACAGAGGCACAGAACGCUAUUCAUCCGCCGGUAACUGAUAGCUCACAUAAUGAUACAGUGGCUCCAAUGGAUUGUUCCGAGCCAUCAGCUGAAGUGAAUACAACUUCAUUAAAUGCUUCACCAUUUGCCGACAUAACUGACGAAAGUUAUCAUCUACAGCAAGUUAAAGAAGGUGAGAAAAAUCCGUUUGAGAUCAGCGAUAAUAUUGAAUCUAAUGAAGAAACAGAUAAAGCUAAUAUUAAAUCUGAAGAUAUAAUAAUAACUUCAAGCGUAGAUACUCCAUUUACUACUGACGAAACCUUUACUGCUGUAGCUCAGUCUAACGCUAUUGAAACGCAAAUGGAUGUCUUUGGUACAGUCACUAAAGAUGUAUUUGAUGAAAGUCAAAAUAAUAUUUUUAAUGUUGGUCAAGACAAAACUCCAGAUAUUUCAACCGCGUCUGUAACAGAUUUGGGAUGGGGUGCUGGCGAUAAUAUCGCGCACGAUGCCUUCCCCGAAUCUCAGGACGCAUUUGACGCGUUCUCCGCUAAAUUUGAUUCCACAAGUGCUAAUCACAUGAAUACAGAUGCAUGGGGUGAUGAUGGCACAGCAGACGGUGGGCUGGGUGGUUUCGAAGCCGAAGCUUUUGAUCCAUUCCUUAGUAUGGGCGCUCCGCCGCCCCCCGCCGCUACACCACGCCUUGAAACUCAGGGUUCACGAGACUCCACAGAUGAUACUUUCUCCGUAUUUAUAAGACCGAAAGAGAAUGAUGUUAACGGGGUCGACUCAGCAGUGCCGGCACUUGCGCCGCCUCCGCGCCCGCAAGCUUUGCCCGAGUCACCACGCGUCAACCCCUUCGAUAAAAGCAGUAUCGAGCCAAUACAAACACGAAUUGAUUUCGACCAAGAAGAAACAAGAGGUCGCUCUGGGAGUGGGGGAGAGACGCCACCGACGCCUCUCUUCGACGAUGACGUUUCGAUGCCGCUUGAGGACUUCCCGCGCACCAAGUACACGGGCCCUGGGUGGGAGAUGCAUCUACGUCAACCCAACAAGAAGAAAAUCACUGGACAACGAUUUUGGAAGAAGAUCUUUGUGCGGCUGAUGUGCCAGGGCGACAACCCUGUGGUGCAACUGCUGAACAGCGCGGGCGACAAAGAGCCGCUGCAGGAGCUGCCGCUGCAGGCGUGCUACUCCGUGUCCGACGUCGGCGCGCAGCAAUUUGAUCAGUUCGGCAAGAUCUUCACCGUGAAACUGCAGUACGUGUUCUAUAAGGAACGGCCUGGCGUACGGCCGGGGCAGGUAACGAAGGCGGAACGUAUCACCAACAAGCUAUCGCAGUUUGCUGCGUACGCCAUCCAGGGCGACUACCAGGGCGUCAAGGAGUUCGGUAGCGACCUGCGCAAGCUGGGUCUGCCCGUGGAGCACGCGCCGCAGGUGUCGCAGCUGUUCAAGAUAGGCUCUUUGAGCUACGAAGACGUGAAGCAAUUCUCAUGCUGCGUGGAGGAAGCGCUGUUCCGCCUCUCCGCGCACCGCGACCGCGCGCUCACCUACAAGAUGGAGGAGGUGCAAAUAACAGCGGUGGACGAGCUUUACGUGGAGCAGGACGCAGAAGGAUCAGUCUUGAAACAGAUUGCACGCGUACGGCUUUUUUUCCUAGGGUUCCUUAGUGGUAUGCCCGACGUGGAGCUCGGCGUGAACGACUUGCGCCGUCAGGGCAAGGAGGUCGUCGGGCGUCACGACAUCAUCCCCGUCGUCACCGAGGAGUGGAUCCGUGUCGAGGACGCCGAGUUCCACGCUUGCGUACAGCCUCAGGCCUUCGAAGAAUCGCAGAUUAUCAAGUUUAAGCCUCCGGACGCAUGCUACAUCGAGUUAAUGCGUUUCCGCGUGCGUCCGCCCAAGAAUCGCGAGCUGCCGCUGCAACUCAAAGCGGUCUGGUGCGUCACCGGCAACAAGGUGGAGCUGCGCGCGGACGUGCUGGUGCCGGGCUUCGCGUCACGUAAACUGGGGCAGGUGCCGUGCGAGGACGUCGCUAUCCGUUUCCCCAUCCCCGAGUGCUGGAUCUAUCUCUUCCGCGUCGAGAAACACUUCAGAUACGGAUCCGUCAAGUCUGCGCACAGACGCACCGGCAAGAUCAAGGGCAUCGAGCGGUUCCUGGGCGCCGUGGACACGCUGCAGGAGUCGCUCAUAGAGGUGACGUCGGGGCAGGCCAAGUACGAGCACCAGCACCGCGCCAUCGUGUGGCGCAUGCCGCGCCUGCCCAAGGAGGGGCAAGGCGCGUACACCACGCACAACCUGGUGUGCCGCAUGGCGCUGACGUCGUACGACCAGGUGCCGGAGGAGCUCGCGCGCCUAGCGUACGUGGAGUUCACGAUGCCGGCCACGCAGGUGUCGCACAUGACGGUGCGCUCCGUGUCGCUGCAGGAGCACGACGGCGACCCGCCCGAGAAGUACGUGCGCUACCUCGCGCGCCACGAGUACACAGUGGGCAUCGAGCGCACGUCGGGGCAGGCGGCGCCCGCGUACGCGGCGGCCGUCAGUGCGGCGCCGGAGCCGCGCGCCGCGCCGGCGCCGCCGCCCGCGCCGCGCGAGCCCUCCUCCGACUCCGACUCUGAC